GUGGAUUCCUCUCUUCUUCUUCGUAUAGCUAUUUACUCUUCUGAUCUUUUUGGUAUUUCUCACGUUAGGUGGCGUGCGCAUGGCUUCGUCGCAGGGGCUGAUGGGCCGCUCUCCAGCGGGCGCGGUGAAUCUGGGGGCUGAGGCUUCUGCUGGAGUGGACUGUGCUCGGGCAUGCAUUGAAAGCCUCGACCGGCGUUUCAAGCAUCUUGAAAGAAGUGCCGAGCGUCAAAUGGCAGGUUUUAGUGCUCUACACUCGCAUGUUUCUCGGUUGGAUGAGAAAUUCGAAAAGAAUCAAGUCGACUUAUCCUACGCCCAGAAUCAACUUGAGUUUGUUGUGGUCACCCUUGAGCGGCUUAGUGGCAUUGUGACAAAUCACACGGAGCAAUUGCGCCUCUUUGCUGGUGAAUCAGGUCGCCGUGGCGCAGAGCGCACGACGACGCACGAACCCAAGAAGCUGAUUCUCACCUUAGCAGGUUGGUUGUACGUGCCUUUGGUAUACUUUGUCAAGGGCAUAUACACCCUACUUUCCCCCGUUAUUACCACUGCUCAGUCGCUUUCUCUCUUCAACUCCGAUGUACGGCGACGCCUCCCAGAGAAUUUGCCCCAACCGCGGUGGGGUAAUGCUGGGAACCUCAACCUUCUCGAAAUGCUUCGAUGCGGCUCAUUCGAUCUGGCGUCUGUUUGCGCUCAAAAUCACUCUACGAAUCCCCUGUAGAACGGAAAACCAACAAUGCAACUACUCAAACCUGUCCACUACGUACCGUUCUAAGACGACAUCUCCAGCGGAAUGGAACCGACGAUGAAAAAUAAAAACUUAUUAUGAA